AUGAUUGUCCUCACAGAGUCAGCAUCUGACGUGAUGCACGAAGAGUUCAACAGCUCGUUGCAUCUUGCUAGCGGCGUGUUUGUGUUGUGGGCUUGGUACUUGGCCGUCUUCAAAGCCCUAGUCUCCCAGGACAAAGCAGCUUUGGAGCUUUUGUGGGAGUGUGGCUGCACUGUCACGAUACAGGUUCGCUUGUGUUCCAGCGCAGGGGAGAUUGCGAAGAGUCGCAAUCUUGCUUCAGAGAAAGUGAAGGCACUCGGGCACCCUGGCCUGUCCGACACCUUUUGGACAUUUGCAAGGACUGUCCAGCUGCUCAAGGUCGAAAAAGUCCAGGAUGGUGAGGAACAGAACUUGAGGUACAACAACGCCUUGUACAACAAGGCCUUACACCAGGCUGCCACAGCAGCUGUUGCAGUGCUGCGGGGUCCAUCCGGUCCCGUGGAGAAGGCUGCCCGGAGAUUGGAGCGGGAAUUUGGGCGGGGCAUCUUGAGCAGUCAGUACUCGAAGUUGAGCAAGCUGUUAUCGCUGACCAACAAGCUCGCAUCUGCUACCAGAAACGCUGUAGACCUGGCGGCCUGGAUGAUGGACUCCUUGACGCUGGCCCUGCGCAUGAACAUGGUCACGCCAGCUAAAUGCACCGAGAAGUUUCUGGAUCGAGUCUUCGAUUAUGCAGCAAAGCUGGCGAACAAGUUGCCUGAGCCGGACAAGGUUAAGCUGACAGGGAUUUUGGCUGAACUCCGUUGCCCUUCCACAUGUGGGGAGAAAUAUCUCUGCCAUGCUGAUGCUGAUCAAGGGGCUGCUGGAGAGGACGACAUGGACGGCGAGGACCCAGAGGACGUGGAGCGCCCUGUUCCGCAGUCCAAGAUUGGAGCUGUUAAAGAGGGUUUCAACAAAGCCAUUGGCAUGCUUUUGGAUUUGCUGCUGGAGCUGAUGUCGGGGAAGUACUACAAGGAUUGCUGCAUGCUGGCUUCGAGUGAAGAUGGCCUUGCAAAGGCAUUGACAGCUGCACAGCUUGGAAGCUCGGAUGACACGGAGCACGAGGAGCCAUGUGCGCUUAUCACUCAGAUGAAGAUCAAUGUCGACAAGUUCGACAACAGCACGAAGUCCGUUGGUGCCACAUCUGCGGCUCCUGCUCCGAGUUUGCUCCAAAGCCUGGCCAAGGCUUCUGAAGCUGACACACCCGAGGAAUGUGUCGAGCGUGAGCGGCAGUGGAAGGCGGUGCAAACGGAACGCCGCAAGUUCGUGUCGUUCUCGGUACCGAACAAGAUCUCGAAGGACUGCCUAGUCAAUGCGUUCAGAGGUUGCGGCAAGGUCUUCACGCACAAGGGCACCUUAAACUCUUCGCACCGCCCGAUCGUUGCCAGUGCGGAUCUCUUGGCAGAGGCUGGUACCGACCCGUGGCUCAAGGGCACUCCGCCAAGCGAGGAAUGGAAAGAGAUCUGUGCCUUUGCCAAAGACAUUUCUGGGCCCGAGGAUUUCGUCGUACUCUUCGACGGCAGAAUGCCGGAAAUUCGCCGCGUGUCCGAAGACCUCCUGCUGCACCAGCAGCACACCGAGGAGUGCACCAUCGUGUACUCAGGUGGGUGCCCGCCGAGAACUGGUCGCACUCGCCGCGUUCCGCUGGCUGCAAAGAAGGUGGAGACAGGAGCGGUUAAGUUCCCGGUCGCACGCACCAACAUUCAGACGACGAAGAAAGGCUCCUUCACAGUCUGCGGCGAGGCUUCUACGUACCAAGGCACUUACUCAGGCGUGGAGUACCGUGCGGUUUCUGAAAUGCCCCUCGUGGCUGCAGACACCAAGAAGAAGAUCAUUGCUCCGGCAACAACCGGCGACCUCCCGACACCGCCAGAGGACUGGCAGGAUCGCCACGGCUCCGACGUACCCUUGUUCUGGAACGAGUCGAAGCCGAUAGCAUAUUGGAAUGCCAUCAUUGAGGAGUUUUUGCGCGGCCUCAACAAGGAGCACAUGUCGUGGGUCCAGGCGGUUGCUGAUCGCGCAGCUUGCGGAAUGAUGGCUUUGGAGGGAUCCACUCUUUACUCGGACGAGAAUGCCAAGGCGGUGAAGAAGCAUUUCCCGCACGUUCUGGAGAGCUUGUCCAACCAAGACGACCAGGACGAGGCCUACCAGACGCCUCUGGGGCAAAACCAGUCUCGAGACGGCUUCUCGUCGGAUGCCCCGGGGGCUCGAAGGGCCUUCGUCAUCUGGUUCCAGGAAAACUCCGAAGUCAAGAAAGGCGCUCCCAAGCACGAGUUUCUCAAUGAGAUGAAGCAUCUUGGCGCAGUCUGGCAGGGCAUGACCGACAAGCAGAAGGCACCAUUCAUGGCGAGGAGCAAAGAUGAGUUCAUGGCUCAGCGAAGUGCACUGGCCGUUCUUGGCAUCAGGAUGCGGGGCUCCACGACCAGUGCGGGCGGCCCCGACGAGGCGAAGGCCCCCCCUGCCGCUGACGAAUCUGGCGGUCGCGUUGGCCCAUUUGAGCUUAAUGGUGCAAGGGCUCCAAUUGGAGGCGGAGCCUAUGGCAGUGUCUACAGUUGCCAGCAUCCGCAAAGCGGCCUUAACGUGGCGGUGAAGGUUUAUCGUGGCUCCGAUGGCCCCGCGGAUUGCAGGCACGAAGUGGAGCAGAUGAAGCUUCUAAUGAAGGCCGUUCCGCAGCAGAAGAUGAUGUGGUUCCCGCUUCUUGUCAGCUCGGGUGUCACGGGCAGACCUUGGCCAUGGAUGGCUACUAGCCUAUGUGGGCCCAGCCUGGCAACCGCACUUCGAAAUCCUGCUGCGCAUGGCAAGCCGAGGACGUGGUCUGUGGCAGCUCAGCUGAGAAGUGCACUGCAGACCUUGCAUGACGCAGGCAUCCUACACUUGGAUGUGAAACCUGGCAAUGUGCUUUGGUGCCCUUGCACAGAUCAGGUGCAGGUGUGCGACUUCGGCAUGAGUGAGAACAUGGCACGGCUCCAGAAGGCUUCUCAGGCUCCCAGGUUCCUGCAGUAUGUCACGGCUGCCUAUCGACCUCCGGAUCUGUGGCCCGCUCGUGUGAAUGGCGAUGGAGACUGCGGUGUCAGAAAGCAGCUGCUGACUGCAGCUGUGGAUAUGUGGGCCUAUGCUUGCGUGGUGUUUGAGGUGGAGACCGGGAAUCCCUUCAUGCCCAAGGGGGAGGCCGGACUGAGAGCGUGGUGCAAGCAGUGGCCCGAGCUGUGGAAAACACGCAGCGACUUAGCCAAUUGCCCCUCUGCAAGUCACACGUGCUGCACAAAGGUGCUUCGAGCCGGUAAAUGGGGGCUGUUUGUGUUGGUCGGCUGUGCUCCAGACCCCGGAAAGCGGCGGUGGCCGGAGCUCUGUCUGAAUCAGAAAUGA